UGCCAACAAGCACAAAACCUAUACAUACAUAUUAUAUAUUUGUAGAGACCAGUUUUUAUGCACCUAAAUUUAGAAGGAAGGUGCAAAAUCAUUUCCCAUUAAUAACAAAAACGGUUAGUUGACAUAGUCAAGCCCCUCCAAUACCAAACCAAUACAAAAGGCCCUCGCAUGAUCGCUAACCAAAAUGAACCAAACCCAUCUUCUUUUCUUUGUGGCUCUCCAGGUUUAGAGAAAGAACAGAAAGAGACAAAAGGUGUAGAGAUGGCAAAGGUACCCUUUACUUUGUUAGCCUUGGCAACAAUUGCUUGCUUCAUGGUUGGAACAGCAGUUGCAGAAACUCACGUUGUUGGAGGAGAUUUUGGUUGGUUUGUGCCCCCAACUAAAACUUUUUAUGAGGAUUGGGCUAAGGGUAGGACCUUCAAAGUUGGUGACAAACUCAGUUUCCCACACAGGACGGGUGCAAACAAUGUGGCAGAGGUUAGCAAGAGCGACUACGAGAAUUGCUCGCAAACUGGAACCAUCCGCAUGCACGCUCAACGUAAUGCCCUAAUUGAUCUGAAAAUUCCUGGGGAUUACUACUUCUAUAGUGGUAUUGGGUUGCACUGUGAGGUUGGCCAAAGACUCCACAUUACUGUCUCUAAUUGAGAUUAACCAAAAUUUUACUUGUUUUAU